UGCGGGUGGAAAGUAGUCACUGCUGUGUCGUGUUGGUCCAGCCAGUUAGCGGCCGUAAAGCGCGAUGCUGCGGCCCAACCUAGUGUCUCUGCCGUAGAGUGUAGUCCCCGAGUACAUGGAUUUACCGUAGUUAGUGCGCCAUGGCUUCGAUACUAUAUACAGGACUAUACGUGCACCUCCUGGCCACACUUCUGCAAGCAGUGGCAGGGUUGCGGCUGACAGAGCUGGUGGGACCUCGAUAUCCGGACAGAGGAGAGAACGUGAAGCUGACUUGUAACUUUGACGCAGACGAUGAAAACCUGUACUUUGUUAAGUGGUACAAGGGCUCUUGUGUUCCAGCAGUGGCAGGGUUGCGGCUGACAGAGCUGGUGGGACCUCGAUAUCCGGACAGAGGAGAGAACGUCAAGCUGACUUGUAACUUUGACGCAGACGAUGAAAACCUGUACUUUGUUAAGUGGUACAAGGGCUCUUGUGUUCCAGCAGUGGCAGGGUUGCGGCUGACAGAGCUGGUGGGACCUCGAUAUCCGGACAGAGGAGAGAACGUGAAGCUGACUUGUAACUUUGACGCAGACGAUGAAAACCUGUACUUUGUUAAGUGGUACAAGGGCUCUUGUGUUCCAGUAGUGGCAGGGUUGCGGCUGACAGAGCUGGUGGGACCUCGAUAUCCGGACAGAGGAGAGAACGUGAAGCUGACUUGUAACUUUGACGCGGACGAUGAAAACCUGUACUCUGUAAAGUGGUACAAAGAUGAAAACGAAUUUUUCCGCUACAUGCCCACCAACAUACCACCAAUUCAAGUAUUUUCUCUUAAAGGCGUAAUGCUCGACGAGUCGCUGUCCGGCAUGAAUCAUGUGAUGUUGAGGGAUGUGGCGUUCUCCAGCAGUGGCAGCUACCGUUGUGAGGUCUCCAUGGAGGCACCAAACUUCGAAACUGUCUUCUCCAACCACAACAUGACCGUCCUUUCGUACCCUCAGGAGGAGCCGACACUGUCAGGGGCCCAGGAGGUCUACUCCACCGGAGACGUGGUGUCAGUCAACUGUACGGCACCAGCCUCCCAUCCCGCUCCAAAUAUACAGUUCUACACCAACAACGAGAAGGCAGAUGAGUGGUUGGUGGAGAGAGGAUGUCAGGUAGUUCACGAAGACGGUACUUUCUCCACCUCGGCCGUCCUGAGGUUCCAAGCUGAGAGACAACACUUCCAGCAACCUGAUGACGUAUUGGAGCUGAGAUGUGAAGUGCUGGCUCCUCCGUUACCACCUUCCGUUGUUUCCAGAUAUGUUUAUCUCGCGGGGACUACAACCAAUCAAAAACUUGCUCAACAAAACUACAGAAAUCAUGGUGCUUCAGACCACAGUGGCUCUCUAUGCCUUCUCAUCCUUCUCGUCUUGUUGUUAUGACACUGGACAAAUUAAGCUAUUCUCAUUCAAGGUGCAAAUAAAACUUAUGUAAAAUAAUAUAGGGAAACGAAGUUUUCGUCUUAAAUUGUAAAUAACUUCUAACCUCUGAAUUUAUGGAAGUCCAUUCACUCUUGUAUUCUUCUACCCUUAAUUUCUUAUUGUUAUAAAAUGUGUACACCUAACAUUCCAUAACUGGGAAAGCCAUUGUUUGCGUGAUGUCUUAGUGGUUUCACGGCGAAGCUGUUAAAUCCAGCAAAUGGAAACCUAAUACUAACUUUUCGAUGGACAACUUUAGAGUGCUGAAAUCGCUUUUAUACCAGAGAUAAAGAAAUACCUUUAUACUUGUAUAUUGAUUAAGAAGGAAGUUAAACAUUGUACUAUUCACACACUCAUUAGCAACCACCAUCUGUGUAGAUGUGAUUGUUAAUAUAAAUUUCUUAUUAUAAUGAUAAAUAUACGAUAUAUUUGUGCUAUGUACAGUAUACUUUAUUCUGAUAUUUGUACACAUAUUUUAGUAUACCAAGGACUGAUAAGUUUAUUAUUAGUGAAAACACUGUUAACUAUUAGUUAUAUCUUAAGAAUUUUAUACGACAUAAGUAGGUACUAAUAAAAACUUUCAAUAAUUUUUUAACUAACAAUACUUUCAUUUUUGUUUGAUAGCAGGUUAAGAUUUUAUGAAAUAACAGGCAUAUUAGUCAAAUUGUGAAAGCUAAACUAAUAAAUUAUUUUACAAGUAAAAUACAACAUUGUUACAAUAUAAAUAUAAUGUUCAUUUCUAUUUUAUUUGUUAAAAAUAUUUAAGUUGGCUGUUAUAAUAUUAUAAAGUAAUUUACUUACCUAAUGCAAUAAUGUAUAUCAGUAAUGCUAUUAGGUUUUAACAAUUUACAAUUGAUUAAGUGGUCUUCAGCAACACAAUUUAGUUGUAAAGGGAAAAUUCUAAUGCACGUGAUUAAAAAUUCAAUGUUAUUUUGUUAUAUUACUUGCCAUUGUCAGCGAUACAUCACAUACUAUAUAAGCUGCAUCACCAAAGAAUACUAAUACUGUAAUAGUGACGUGUAUAUAUGUCCCAAAAUGUCCCCAAAAUCUAGUCAUGUUGUGUUAUAUGUCAGUCCACAGAGAAUAAAAUAUUGUAUAUUAA